AUGGCCACCGAAAUGAAUCGUCGAUCUAUGAGGCCUCCCCUGCCGGCUUUCAAGUUCAACCCGGGCGCCGAUCUACCACCAGAACAAAACCCAAGUGUGACCCAUCCAGUACUCCAGGAGAUGGCUCUGAAUCACCAGCGCGCAGCCCGGUCGGCAAGAGCGGCUCCGCUACCUGCAUUUACAUUUGCCCCAAAUGCGACCUCUACACAAGCUUCUCCUAGUCCUACCAAAUCCUCCUUUGGUGACGCAACCCACCAUGCUCGAACGAGCCAUCGACGACAUGGAAGUGAGUUUGUGGGAGGUGGCAACGAUGGCCCCCAGAUGGUCAGUACCAGCCCUAAAAAGGCCGAAUACCAACCACCUCCACCAAUCACCGGAGCACCCAGGGGACAUGUACACCGUCGAUCGCAAGCUGUUUCUAUCUCCGACAUUGACACGUCUGAGCUGAUCAAAGUGAACGCUCUGGCGAAGGCGCGGGCCGGGUCUACACCGACCACUCCUCUAGAGAGCGUACAUGCAUUUUCCUUCCCUCGUGCCAGUCCUCAGAUGCGCCAGUCAAUGUCAAACAUUGUCAGAACCCCACCGUCCUCACCUCGACGAAGGGGUAGUGCCCCGGGAGUUCGUCCUCGGGUCGGCUUUUCUGAUCAUGUCGAUGUCAUUCCCAGGCCGCUGUCUCUCAUCUCAUCCGAGACCGAGGGGAGCACCUCCACUAUUCGUGGAGGUCAUUCUUUGUCUGGAAGCAUCAAUUCGAUAGCGAGUCCAACUCCACGUCCGACCAUAGGCCUAAGCCCAUCAGUUGAUGCAACUACUUCACCAGAGCGACCUCGGACUGCAGGUGCAUUUUCUACUUUGUCAGUAGGUAUGGUUGCUGACUCUAUGAUCAACCUCCCCAAACGACCUCUCUCCGCCUCCGAUUCACCUGGAACUUGGAGUUCUGGAAGCCCUCCUAGCAAGAAGAAACACUUUUGGUUCAGUCAUUCCAACAGUGGCUCGCCGUCCGGCACCCCCCAAACUGAAAUCGACGACCCUGUUGACGUGUUUGUCUCGACUACUUCUGCUCAACCCUCGACUCCGCCGGCGGUAGUCGAAGAAGCACGACCAAGAACGUCCGGGAGUAUGAGUUCGAGAUCGAAGAAGCGCAAGUACCACACAUGGACUUCUGGGAUUUUCUCUAGGAAAGCAGACAAGAGAUCGACGAAGACAAAACAGCAACGUGCUCCCACCCCACCUCCAAUGACAAGGCAUCCCAGUGAUCGCCUUAGUGAUAUUUUUGACGCCGACAACACAGUUGUUAUUCGCAAUCCUUCUCCUGUCUCGACUCGAGUCCGUGAUCCGCCGCAGAAAGUGACCCCGAUAGAGACCUGGACUGCAAAUCAAGCAGAGGAACAAAUUACAAGUCCUGUUCUUGACUUGGAUGCGGCCCUGGGUCCUUUCGGGAGCGAAGAAAAGUUGGCGCACGAUGGCAACAUCAAAACUGGUCCGCUGUCACGGAUCACAAAGCUUCACAGCAGUGAGCGACGAGCCAAUCUGGAUGCGUUUGGGACGGUCCAUAGGAGGACUGAGUCAGCACCGAUCAUGCCCGCCAUCAAUCGGAGCACCUUUAGCAUGCAUCGUAUUGGUAGCAAUGCUUCACUUACAGAGGACGUUUUUGACGAAGAGGAAGAAGACAACUUUCUUGCCAGGGGUGAAUUCGGAUGUCUCAAUCAGAGCCGUUCUUUAGAGGAGCUUUCGCAGGAAAGUGAAACUGCUACCGCCUUCGCUCAGCUGGCCUCGGCACCACCGAAUCUACUCUCUGCCGAAGGGCUGGGCCUCUCCAUCAACGAAACUCCCAGCGACGGCGUUAUAAUUGUUGAUCCGGAAGAGGACAUUGCUCGCAUAGAUGCCAGGUCUUCAAACUCGACCAUAGAAGCGCCAGUCUUCCAAGAAAUCGAAACUCAAAAACCCUCGAUAUCGUCUCCGAUGCCCCUUGCCUAUCCCGCACCGCAAUCCCAUUACGCAUCCUCUACUGAAGGUCGCACAACCUCGGCUUCAAUGAUGUCUUCACCCGAUGCGGACCACAUUUCUUUCGACACCUUUUCUCGCCCGACGCGAUUACUCGGCGAGCCGAGUCCAGAAUUUGUGCUGCGAGCUUCCAACGACGAUCUUCCUUCGCUCAGCGAUAGCAUAUCCAGCGGAGCUCUACCAAGAUUUUCGAGCAGUGCAGGGACGAGGUCUUCUGUCGAGCAACGCUCAUCUUCCAUGAUUGUCCCAUCGACUUCGAGAUCGAACAGCCAACAAGCGUGGAAGCGAAAUAGUCUGGCGAGUCUGAAUCGUCUGAUUCCCGGAUCUUCCAAUGGCAGCAAGCUGAAGUUCGAAACUGUUCCUGAUACGACUAUUGCAGAUGAGAAGGGCAGAAAGAAAAUAAAUAGAAUCAGCAGGCUUAUGCAUUUCUGGCGAUCCAAAGAGAAGGUGGAAACCUAA